AUGGCUCCUGGCUUAACGACCCUCUUGGCCGCUGCAGUGUCUGCAGCAGCAGCAGCAGCAUUUCCUGCUCCUCCUCUACAUCAGCUGCCGCAGCUUCUUAACGGUAGGCCAUUUCAGUCUAUCCUGCCGCAGCAGCUUCUGCUGCAGCAGCCGCAGCUGCUGCAGCAGCUGCAGCAGAGCCUCCCACAGCUUCCCCUGCUGCUGCAGCAGCUGCAGCAAAGUCUCCCGCAAAUCCCCCUUGGGCAGCUGCAGCAACUUACGUCAGGCCAGCAGCAACCAAACCUCCCCAGCGUGCCCGUGCAGCAGCAGCAGCAGCAGCAGUUGCAGCAGCAACAACAGUUGCAGCAGCAGCAACAGUUGCAGCAACAACAACAAUUGCAGCAGCUACAGCAGCUACAGCAGCUGCAGCCGCUGCAGCAGCUACAGCCCUUGCAGCAACAUCCGUUACAGCAGCAGCAGCAGGAGCUGUUGCUGCAGCUGCACCAGCAUCCCCAGUCGCUGCAGCAAUUUCCGCCGCAGCAGCAGGAACUGCAGCAGCUCCAGAAGGUGCAGCAGCCACAACCCUUGCAGCAAUAUCCGCUGCUGCAGCAGGAUCAGCUGCAGCAGCUGCAGCCACUGCAACAGCUGCAGCCACUGCAGCAGCAGCCACAACCCUUGCAGCAGUAUCCGCCUCAGCAACAGGAUCAACUGCAGCAGCUGCAGCCACUGCAGCCACUGCAGCAACAGCAACAGCAGCAGCCACAACCCUUGCAGCAAUAUCCGCUUCAUCAGCAGGAUCAGCUGCAGCAGCUGCAGCAGCUGCAGCAGCAGCCACAACCCAUGCAACAAUUUCCGCUGCAGCAACAGGACAAACGAGAGCAGCUGCAGCCACUGCAGCAACAGCAGCAGCAGCCACAACCCUUGCAGCAAUUUCCGCUGCUGCAGCAUGAUCCACUACAGCAGCUGCAGCCACUACAGCAGCAGCAGCAGCAGCCACUGCAGCAGCAGCAGCCACAGUCCUUGGAUCAAUAUCCGCUGCAGCAGCAGGAUCAACUGCAGCAGCUACAGCCACAGCAGCAAGAGCAGCAGCAGCCACAAUCCUUGCAACAAUAUCCGUUUCAGCAGCAGGAUCAGCUGCAGCAGCUGCAGCAGCAGCAACAGCAGCAGCAGCAGCAGCAGCUAGAACUCCUGCAGCAAUUUCCGCUUCAGCAGCAGGAUCAGCUGCAGCAGCUGCAGCAGCUGCAGCAGCAGCAGCAGCCACAAUCCUUGCAACAAUACCCGCUUCAGCAGCAGGACAAACUAGAGCAGCUGCAGCCACUGCAGCAGCAACAGCACCAGCAGCACCAGCAGCAGCCGCUGUGCUUGCGGCAAUCUCCGCUGCAGCAGCCACAGCAGCUGCCAUUGCGGGAGACCCCGCUGCACCAGCUGCAGCCGCUGCAGCAGCUGCAGGAUCUGCAGCCACUGCAGCAGCAGCAGCAGCCACAACCCUUGCAGCAGGUGCAUCAACUGCAGCAACUGCAGCAGCAGCCGCAGCCACUGCAGCAACUGCAGCCACUGCAGCCACCGCAGCAACUGCAGCAGCUGCAGCAGCAAAUGCCUGAGCAGCUGCAGGGCCCCUUUGAGCCUCUACAGCAGCCGCUGCAGCAGCUGCAGCAGCCGCAGCAGCAGCAGCCUCUGCCGCAGCAGUUCCAAGAUCAGGGUAGAUCUUUUUUGUCAUUAGGGUAUCAGGGGGACAGCAGCGGCAGCAACGACAGCAGCAGCAGCAGCAACAGCAGCAGCAGCAGCAGCAGCCAAUUGCCUAUCAUGCUGCCACCUGUGGGCGUCUUUCCUCUAAAGAAUCAAUCGGCUGCAGCAGAAGGAAUUCUAUCAACAGAUAAACUCCCUGAGCUUGCUGCUGCUGCUUCUCCUGCUGCUGCUGCUGCUGCUCCUCCUCCUCCUGUUGCUGCUGCUGCACCUAUUGUUGCUAGUGCUGAUCCUGCUGCGCGAUUUGGCACAUUUGCAGUCCGAGGACCAGCAGAAGUAGCAGCAACAACAACAGCAGCAACAGCAGCAACCGCAGCAACAACAGAAGCAGCAGCAGCAGCAGCAACAGCAGAUCCAGCGGAUAUAUUAGAAAUAAUUAGCACUCUUGCCCCUUUUCUUCCUGCUGCAGCAGCAAAUCAACUUGCUGCUGAUGUGGCAAGAGGAAAACCUAUAAAUGCUGCAGCAACUAAGAGCCUGCUGCAGCAAGCAGCAGCUGCAGCAGCAGCAGCAGCAGCAGCUACCCUUCCUCCUGCUGCCUUCCUCCCCGAUAAGGAGGCGCAGCAGAUAGCAGAUGCUAUUAUUUCUUUGUCUCCUUUUGCUGCUAACAAAGAGACAACUGUCUCCUUACUGCAGCCGCAGCAGCUGCAGCAGCAGCUGCAGCAGCAGCAACUGCAGCAGCAGCUGCAGCAGCAGCAAGCAGCAGGAAAUAUAGACAAUUCUCCUGCUCUAUUUCUAUCUCCAGCAGGAUUUGCUGGAGAAAACUUUCUUGCCCUUUGA